AUGUUCCCAAGUAGUUUUUUUGGCGAGCUGGGAGCGACUGGUAAUGGGUCCGGCGACCUGGUUAGCUGGGAACGAUCAGAGGUGCUCGAAUUUCGAGCGCUGAUGAGGUUUCAAUGGCUGCUACCGGUUGAUCUAAUUGGAAGGGAUGAAGGUCGCUUUCGAGAAUGGGGGUGCCGGAGGUGGUCGACAGUAGUGAUCAGGUUCUAUCCGCUGGAGCAAGAAACGCCUGGUGGCGGAGCAGCGGUGGUCUCGUUGGCGACUGGUGAUUCCCGGGUUUCGACCACCGAUGAAGUUGGUCCUGAACCAUUGUCGUCAAUCGAGACGGGAAGAGGCACCAUGGUAACCAGAGGGUGCGAACCUGGCGGGGCCCGCUCUUUGUCGUUUGCUAGCUUUUGCUUCCUUGAAUUUUGUGGUGUAGACUGUACACGCAUACCCCUCUUUUUUAUCUUUUGUCGUUUGUAG